AUUUAUUUGGGUGUGCCCCGCUCUUCGAACAGCUCCCACGCCCGCGCCCGCCAUUUUCUUUGGAAGUCGCAAGUCCCAACCCGCCCACAGCCCCAGGGUUGCAUAUGCUGGCUACCUACCUAGUGAUAGUGGUGUCACAGAUCUAGAAACACCAGACGAGCGAAUACAUAACAAAGGCAUCAGGCCCUCUGCUCGCCGCGGUCUAGUCGACCUUGAUACUUUCUAUAUUCUUUCCUUGUUCCUCGAUUUCAUAUUCCACUCAGCCGCAGCUUGUUUCGUCAUUCGUGCUUCCGACCGCGAUGGCCAGCUAUCAGCAAUAUGCACAGCUUGGCAAGAAAGCUAACAACUCAGCCGCUGCUGGCAACCUAUCAUGUAAGAAAUCAUUAUGCUCCCGUCAUCCUCUCCUUUCUCGUCCACUCCACGGCACUUCCCUCGUAAGAGCUGAUAUGCAGGGAGCGGCGCCGAAGCGUUAUGGCGAUAAUACCCCAUCUGCCUGUUUGAUGUGCUUGCUUGCUUGAUGACUGAUGAUGGUCAACUUUGAAUACUUGACUUUGGACCCUUGCUUAUAAACCCCGAGAACUCAAAAAACGCUUAUAUGCGACUUGGACACCGGCUGAGAUACCACUUUGAGAUACCCACCCGCUCGCUGUACGACAUGUCACCUACGCAAGCCAACGUUCCGUGCCUGAGAGCUCCAGCGCUGAUCACUCGAGACUGGCUUGCUAUUUACGGCUGCCGCCCAGUGCACUGCCUGGCACUCAAUGGCCGCCAAGCCACUAUGGGUCUCAGACAAGCAGUGUGUCAGGGUGCAAUUAUGCCUGAGCAUUGGAUAGGCAGCGAGAGUCUGUCUCCCUUCGAAAAAACAUGUCCUGUGUCAAUGGAUAUUGCAAUUCUCAACGCAAUAUCCAAGCGCGGCCAUCUGAAUUACGCAAGAUCAAACUUAGAAUCUCUCCGUGUCAUCUCAAAUUACACGGCAGUUGUAUCCUUCGCUCAUCCACAAGAACCGAAAUCCAUCUUCAGCCUCAGUCGGCCCCACGAACGAUUUGGCGCUGGAUAUUCCCUGUAACAGGACCCUUGCGCUUGAUCCCCAGCCCCUGAAGAGGAUUGGGCCGGUCCUCUUUACAGCAUCCCCGCUGCAUUAUCGUUACUUUUGGAUCCCCUCCAUCGUUGGGCUUCGCUUCAGGGUAUCGCAUUCUACUUGAUUCUCGAACCCGGAUUAUUUGAAUCAGCUCCCUACCGCAAAUUAGCUCUGGAAACCUUGAAUUGGAUACCACCAGUGAUCAGCCGAUCAAGCAAGCAAGCACUCAACCCAGCAAACUGACCAAGCCAGAGCCUGACGCACGCGCAGUAUAAACAGCCUGCUGUUUGCUGGCUUGAAGCAAAGAGGGGUUACGCCGCUGCUUCUGCAGUCAUCGGUGACCGCGCCCCGUCAGCUCUUACAUUCGUUCCCUGUGAACGAGAACAAGGGCCCCCUUCUUUAUUCGUCUUAUCCCCCCCGACCCUCUUGCUGACAUCUUACGUCCUUUUUGCGAUAGACGGCCAGCGAACCGAGAUGGCUCCCCCACAGUUAGGCGCGACAUUUGUCCCCGGCGGCUUCGAUGAUUAUUAUAUGCCAGAAGUCGUUGCUCCCUCCCCCCAAAGGGUAACCCCUCAGGUCCCUCAAAAUAUGCAAGAGGACCUCCAGCGCAUGGAACUCGAGGCUACUUCCGUUGAACCACGAUCACAAACCGAUUCAGGCCCAGGUCCUCGUCACUCUCGUGAACCGUCGCUCUCUACUUACACCAACCCUCGGGGAGCCGACCCGCCCAGGCCCCAGCCGGCAACACAGGCCUCGAGCGACGACAUCCGAGCAUACCAGUCCUCCGAUAAGAUCUCCGAGAGUCUCAGCAACAUGAGCUUCGACGCCCCCUCAUUUUCGCCUUUUCCCAAGGUCAAGGGCGAUAACAUCCCCCCAACUGAUGAGGAAAAGGAAGAGAUUCUCUGGAACGCGCGCAAGCAUGUUCUUCACUCACAGAAUGUUUCGAUGCAAAUUACAUGGGCGCGCGACGUCCUUACUUGGGCCGACAUUUCCCAAGAGUCCAUGAUACGCGAGUAUGGCGAAAAGGCCCGACCUGCAACGCCCCGCAUAGAACACGAACUCCGAGUCGAUGCAAUCAACAUUAUUACCUACUUGUCGCAGCAAGAACACCCUGAAGCACUCUACAUGCGCUCAAAAUGGCUCGAGUUUGGCAAAUUUGGUAACCGUGUUGACAAGCGCGAGGCUUAUAUCGGCUACAAGCGCGCCGCAGAACUCGGUCAUGGACGAUCCGAGUAUCGCAUGGGCAUGUUGUAUGAGCAGUCGAAUGACAUGUCCAAGGCGAAGGAGCAUUACUAUCGCGGCCUUUCCCUUAAGGACUCAGCCUCAUUGUACCGAAUGGGCAUGAUGAGCCUUUUAGGCCAACAUGGCGAGACAAAAGAUUACUCGACUGGCCUGGAGCGGAUACAGGCCGCUGCCGACAGCUCCGACGAAGACGCCCCUCAGGGUGCUUAUGUUUACGGUAUGCUCAUAGGACGCGACUUACCGGACAUCACAAUCCCUGAGGGCUUAUUGCCUAACAACCCAUUGACGACCAAGAUGUAUAUCGAGAAGUCGGCUUAUCUUGGGUUUGCUAAGGCCCAACUCAAGAUGGGACAAGCAUACGAACUCUGCCAGUUCGGAUGUGACUUCAACCCGUCGUUCUCCCUUCACUACUACGGUCUAGCAGCUAAGCAAGGUCUCCCCGAGGCAGCCCUCGGUGUGAGUCGAUGGUUCCUCUUUGGCUACGAGGGUGUUUUCAAGAAGAACGAGUCGCUCGCGUACAAGUAUGCUCAAGAGGCUGCUGCCGCUAAGCUACCGACAGGAGAAUUUGCCUUGGGUUACUACAACGAAAUAGGAAUCCAUGUUGAGAAGAGCUUGUCAGAAGCUAGAAAGUGGUACCAGCUGGCCGCCGAUCACGGCAAUCAAGACGCCCUUGGCCGACUCGAUUCUCUGGACGAGAAUAACACUCUGUCCAAAUCUGACCACGAAACUACCACACUGACCCGCAUCAAGUCGCAACACGGAUCCCAGCGAGGCAAGCGUCCUGAUCGCUUCAAGCAGCCACAGCAAAUGCCUACUCUCAGUGAAGGGAGUGCCCCUGCUUCACCUUCACUAGACGGACCAGGUUACCCCAAGCCACAGGAUCCGCAGUCCAAUCCUUCUCUCGGAAUACGGCCGACCAUCGUCUCGGAGCACGUUAACUUCCCAGACCCCUCGCGGGCUUCUUUUGUACUCCCUGCGGCAACAGACAGACCUCCUGCCUUCAAUGUUAGGUUGGAUGCCAACCAAGGCCCAAUGCGACCCCAAUCGGCAGCUCCCUACCCCGAAGAUGACCGGCCACCACCCCUAACAGUUCGUUCCAAGUCCACCGCACCUUACCCAGAGGACGAUACCCAAGGUCCUACCUCUCCUCGUUUCAACCAAGGCGGACGCAUGGGACCUCCUUCAGGACCCCCUUCAGAUCGCCCAUCAAGUGCUUUUGGCAUCAAGCCACAAUCAGGUGGUCCUCGUCCUAUGCCGCAAUCCCAGUCGAUGGGUAAUCUUCACCCUGGAGGCCCAGGAGGUCCUGGCCGACCCGACCCUCGCAACAGAGCUGCAUCCACUGGAUGGGAAGGCCAACAAGGACCUGGAGGGCGUCCUUCUCCCUACCCAGAAGACAACGGAGCACCGUACGGUGGAAUACAAAAGACACCUACUGGUGGCCAAUACUCGCCGGGCUUGCAAAAUCCUCAGUCCCAAAACUAUGAACGCUUCUCGCGCGUACCUGGAGCUAGUGGGCGCCCCGAGCGUGGGAGCUCUCUUCCCCAGAAUCAGCAGCAACAGCAGCAACAAUUACCACCUCAGGCGAACCGACCCCCACGGACGUCAAGUGCUCAGCCACCAAUGGUGUCUGGGGGUGUUGGCCCGGGCGGCAGGCCGUCUCCGGGACCUUAUGGCGGACCCCAAGGAGGGCCUCAAGGGGGCCCAUCUGGCCCUCCAAGAACUGGAAGUGCACCCCCAUCACAGUUCCAGCGGCCCGAUAACAGACCGAGCCCUGCUCCCAGCGCUGCAACGAUGCCACCAAAGGGAGCAGGCAAACAGGGACCUGCAACAUUUGAAGACAUGGGUAUUCCACAAGGAAAACAGGACAGUGACUGUAUCCUCAUGUAAAGUUGGAAAGUGGACAAGAAGGACUAAACCAAGUGGGACAUGGACGCACCAGUUGUUUCAGAGACUACAUUCGAACACAUAAAGCCGAUUGAAAGGGCAUCUUUUUGGAGUCGAGCUCGCGGACGGAAUGCAUUUGCACUGGGCUCGGAAGUAAAUAUCCGUGAGGCAGGACAGGGCAGGCAGGGUUUGUUGCGUAAAAACGCUGAACAUUUGGGUAUCGAGUAUUGUAGGUAUGAUCUCUCAAUGUAUUGAGUUCAAGAUGCGAACCAGGAUAGCGUGCGUAGAUGGCGAUGUUCAGAGGAGUAUUGUUCUUUCAUAUCUUGUUGCAAUCUGGAGCUGCUGGGUGUCUGUGUGACAAUAGCUUUGUUCAGUAAGUUGGACUUUAAAGGUGCUGUUGGAGUAUAAUUGUUCUAUGCCUAAGCGGUGAACUUGUGGAUGGCCUGACGAACAAUCCUCUGAAAGACACAAGAGGAACAAUAGUGAAUACUGGUUAAUGAGUAUAUAACCUUGCGGAUUACCCAGUCACUACUCUCAUCCCCAUCUUCACCCAGUGUUCCGUCGACCCCCUGAGCAUCGUUGAUCGUUCUUCCAAAG